GGGGGGGUAACGGCCGUCCGCCGUGAGGAGCGGCUCCCUGCCCCGUCGCGUCCCGUCCCGCCUCGCCUCAGGGGGCUUCUGUCGCGGCUCCCCGGGGCCCCGGCGGGCGGCAUGAGGGCACUGCCCGCGCGCUGGGGGCCUCUGGCGGUGCGGGCGGCGGGCGGGUGGUGGGGGCCGCCCGCCCCCCGCCGCGGCUGCAGCGGCUCCGCCGAGGCCGGCGGCCGUAAGCCCCUUCAGGAGUGGGCGCUGGCGGUCAGCCCGCGGGGGCGGCUGCGGGUGCGGCUGCCCUGCCAGGUGAGCGUCCGCCCGCUGGACCCGCAGCGCUACCCGGGCGCCGACCGCGUUCUGGUGGCCGUCAGCGGCGCCGGCGGCAGCCCCCCGCCCCGCGGCUGGCAGCAGGACCGCGUCCGGGUGGAGUACGACGAGGCGCUGGAGCAGAUGGCGAUCGUCGCGGACGGCGUGGACAGCAAGACCGCCGUGGACGUCAGGACGCCCGUGAAGUUCGAUUUGGAUAUCAAAACAUCAGGGACUGGCUGCGUGAAGAUUCAGAAAAUAGAAUGUGAUAACUGCAAAAUAGAAACAGAGAAGGGGACUAGCGUCUUGCAGUCAAUAAAGAGCCAUAAAAUUGAUAUACGGACAAAUGGUGGCAAAGUAAUUGGUCUUGGAACACUUUAUGGAAAUACAGAUAUUCGUGCAACAGAGAAGGGUAGUGUGAAUAUAGAGAAGCUGCAGGGGACAUCCAUCAACAUAUCUACUGAAGAUGGGCUGCUGAAAACUAAGUACCUCUAUGCAGAAACAUCAUCUCUGUCUUCAGUAGCUGGUGAUAUUCUGCUGGGAAGUAUUCAUGGUAACACCAGCCUUCAGACCAAAACAGGGAGUAUCACAGUAGAUUCAUCUGAUGGAAGUCUAAAAGCUUCUACACAUCAUGGGACAAUAGAUGUUUAUGUCAGUCAAUUAAGAAAAGUGGAUCUGAAAUCCCAGAAAGGCUCUAUUACAGUCAAGGUACCUGCCUCUCUCAAAGCCUAUUUACAGUUGUCUGGAAGAAAAGUGGAUGUGAGCUCAGAGAUCCAGUUAAAAGAAACACAGAGUGCCUCCAGAGAUGAUCACGUAACUAUAAGUGGUCACAUGAAUCAAAGGAAUGAAACGGACAAAUGGAUUAAGGCUGACACGCAAAACGGGAAAGUAUGUCUUAAAAGCCAAAGCUGGAUCCAGUCUGUCAAGCUGAAGAGUUCUUAAAGGUGAAAUAGGCCAAAGAGAUUAAAUCAAAAAAUUGUAAUGGAACAUUUCUGUAAAAUUAUGAAACUUUGUUGAUAUAUAUUCUUAAUAUAAGAGAGAAACAAUAUUAAAAAUGAGGGCGUUUUAACCCAAGAUUUGCCCUUGACAGUGGCUGGUGCUUAACAGGUCUGGUUUACUCUUAGUGCCUUUUAGGAAUGAUGAGGUCUUUCAUAUUCAGAAAUUGUAUAACUUGACCCACUUAGCAGGUCAGUUUAAAAGCUGGUAACUUUCAAACAGAAGUUUGGAGCCAUCAUUUAAAAAUAAAAAGCAUUUUCAACAUCUCAUAUUUGAAAAUAUGAAAAUUUACUUCCAAGAUGACAAUGCUCUGCAAGCUAUUUUAUAUUUUUGAAUUAAAUGUCUCAGUACUGUGGGAAUUCUGCUGGUUUAUGCAAAAUGCAGAGAAUUUUCUUCAACCAAAUAAUUUGUAUCAUGGAUAGGAUAAAACCACUGUCAGAACUGUAGUUAUUUGGUCUUCUCGUUUGGUGUUUGACCCCUAAGCAGUUUCUGCCUUCUCAAUGGGUACUGUACGUGUAAAACUACUUACAUGAAAUGACAAAACUUGCUCUGUGUCAUCCUGAACCACUUGUUUGUGGCUAGAAAUAAGAACUCUAGCUAUGUCUACUACUGUUCGUCUGCAAAGAAAAGCUUUUACAAUAAAUACUCAAAAUUGCAAUGGAUCUGGCUGAUUUCAAGAAGGAACACUCCACCAACUGGACUUCAGAUAAGAGUCCACAUGAACAUUCCCUUAAAGCAAAAGCUGCCCAAGAAUGGAAGUAUUGGCCUAAUAAAUGAGAACUGUAAUCUCUUUGUUUGCUACAUUUCCAGUGACUUACUGUCAGCCUCACAUGAAAGCAUGGCAAGCUCUUUGAGGCAGAGGAGGGAGGUGAGGGAACUAUGUAUGCCCUGCACAAGGGCAUGCAUGAUUUUGUGGAGGAUUUCGUGUAAUAGAAACACACAGUACAGUAAGUGGAGCUUUUAAAAGCCUUUCCAUACAUAUAUAUGGCACCUUAUAAAAGAAGUACUGAAAUCUGUGUUUUUAAACUGAAACCUCAGAAUUCCUGCCAACCAAGUGGAUAGAGAGUAGCAGAGAAGAGUUCAGAGUGUCAGCUCAGGUUUUAAGUUGUGUAUACGUGUGUAUGUACUUUAGAUCAUGAUGGUAUGUUAUGAAAUUAAUUUCUUUCCCACAGGAUUCCCCAAGACAUAUAACUGCCCCUGGCUAAUGGACUCAAGGGCACCAUUUUUACUAUAAUUCACGGUGCUUAAAAACUCCACAUUCUGUUUGCUGUUGUGUGUACUGUUUGUUUGGAUGAGGUGGGCUCUGAUGUGUAUGGCAAAUUAUAUGUAUUUUUAAUAUAAACACUAAUAUAUAAAACAUUACUAAUACUAUUACUAAAAGCAAUGUGAUAUUCCUAGUUAUUAGUAAUUGUUGCACUUUUAAAAGGUACAAAAUUAAUGUUUAAUGGUUUUAGAGUUCCUGGAAAAUUUUUGAAACUAAUGAUUUUUGUGCACUGCUGCAGACAAAGUGAAAGAAGCACCUCUAAAUUCACACUGCAUUAAAAAAUAAAAACAGUGUAGUAGA